AUGGUAACCGUGAGGCCAUUUACUUGCUUAGACUUGUUGAAGUUUGCGAAUAUUAAUCUGGAUAUGUAUACGGAAACUUAUAGUAUCGGAUUUUAUCUGCAUUAUUUGGCAAAAUGGCCAGAGUAUAUGCGAGUCCUAGAAUCACCCACACUAACCUGCUUUGAAAGAAAUUUGACAUGUCUUUCGGAUAUUCCACACACAGGUGAUUCACAAAACCCAUCUCCCAAGGUAUUAUCAAUACCAUCUACGUGUCAACGACUUAUGGGCUAUAUGAUGGCGAAGUCAGAAGGUCAUGGAGUGGACUGGCAUGGUCAUGUCACAGCGCUGUCGGUGGCUCCUGAGUAUCGUCGUUUGAGAUUAGCUACUCAACUAAUGCUAGAGUUAGAAGAAACUUCCGAACGGAAACGAUGUUACUUUGUUGAUCUAUUCGUACGUGCAUCUAACAAACUGGGCAUAGACAUUUAUAGUAAAUUGGGAUAUAUUAUAUACCGCAGAGUCUUAAAUUACUACUGGGGUUCCGUUGAAGACGAAGAUGCUUUCGAUAUGAGAAAAGCACUUUCAGCGGAUGUGCUUAAACGAUCUGUCAUACCAAUGACGAGGCCGAUACGUCCAGAAGAAUUAGAACAUCCAUGA